AUGGCAGAGGAAGGUGCUGUGGCAGUCUGCGUGCGAGUCCGGCCGCUCAGCAGCAGAGAGGAAGAACUUGGAGAAGCUACACAAGUUUACUGGAAAACUGACAAUAAUGCUAUUUAUCAAGUUGAUGGGAGUAAAUCCUUCAAUUUCGAUCGCGUCUUUCAUAGUAGUGAAACUACUAAGAAUGUCUAUGAGGAAAUAGCAGUACCUAUCAUUGAUUCUGCUAUACAAGGCUACAAUGGCACUAUAUUUGCCUAUGGGCAGACUGCUUCAGGAAAAACACAUACUAUGAUGGGUUCAGAAGAUUGUUUGGGAGUUAUACCCAGGGCAAUUCAUGACAUUUUCCAAAAAAUUAAGAAGUUUCCUGAGAGAGAAUUUCUCUUACGGGUGUCUUACAUGGAGAUAUACAAUGAAAUCAUCACAGAUUUACUCUGUAACACUCAAAAAAUGAAACCUUUAAUAAUUCGGGAAGACAUCAAUAGGAAUGUGUAUGUUGCUGAUCUCACAGAAGAAGUAGUCUAUACCUCAGAAAUGGCUUUGCAGUGGAUCACAAAAGGAGAAAAGAACAGACAUUAUGGAAUAACAAAAAUGAAUCAAAGAAGUAGUCGUUCUCACACUAUUUUCAGGAUGAUUUUGGAAAGCAGAGAGAAAGGUGAACCUUCAAAUUGUGAAGGAUCUAUCAAGGUGUCCCAUUUGAAUUUGGUGGAUCUUGCAGGCAGUGAAAGAGCUGCUCAAACAGGAGCUGAAGGUGUACGACUCAAGGAAGGCUGUAAUAUAAAUCGAAGCUUAUUUAUUUUGGGACAAGUAAUCAAGAAACUUAGUGAUGGACAAAUUGGUGGUUUCAUAAAUUAUCGAGAUAGCAAAUUAACACGAAUUCUUCAGAAUUCUUUGGGAGGAAAUGCAAAAACACGUAUUAUCUGCACAAUUACUCCAGUAUCUUUUGAUGAAACUCUUACUACUCUUCAGUUUGCCAGCACUGCUAAAUACAUGAAGAAUACUCCUUAUGUUAAUGAGGUAUCAAGUGAUGAAGCUCUCCUAAAGAGAUAUAGAAAGGAAAUAGUGGAUCUUAAAAAACAGUUAGAGGAGGUCAGUAUAAAGACUCGGGCCCAGGAAAUGGAAAAAGACCAAUUGGCCCAACUUUUGGAUGAAAAAGAUUUACUUCAAAAAGUACAGGAUGAAAAAAUUCAAAACUUAACACGAAUGCUGGUGACUUCUUCUUCUCUUACAAUGCAACAGGAAUUAAAGGCUAAAAAAAAACGAAGAGUUACUUGGUGCUUUGGCAAAAUUAACAAAAUGAAGGACUCAAACUAUGUAAAUGAAUUUAAUAUGCCAGCAAAUGUAACAACAAGAAGACACAAGACUGAUGGCGCUGUGUUAGGAGAAAUUGAUGAAUCUCUCUAUUUAGAGUCUGAUGUCUUCAGUAAUACUCUUGAUUCAUUAACUGAGAUAGAAUGGAAUUCAGCAACAAAGCUACUAAGCCAGGAAAACUUAGAAAGUGAAUUGAACUCACUCCGUGCUAAGUAUGAUAAUUUGGUAUUAGACUGUGAACAACUGAGAAGAGAAAAUGAAGAACUGGGAUUGAAAUUAAAAGAGAAAAAUGAUUUGGAUGAAUUUGAGGCUCUAGAAAGAAAAGCUGAGAAAGAUCAAGAGAUGCAACUAAUUCAUGAAAUUUCCAACUUAAAGAAUUUAGUUAAACAUGCAGAAGUAUAUAAUCAAGAUCUUGAGAAUGAACUAAAUUCAAAAGUAAAGCUGCUUGAAGAAAAAGAACACCAGAUUAAGAAUCUACAGAAAUACAUAGACACUCAAAAGUCAGAAAAUAUAAAAAUGGAUUUGUCAUACUCAUUGGAAAACACUGAAGAUCUAAAACAAAUGCAACAAACUCUGUUUGAUGCUGAAACUGUAGCUCUUGAUGCCAAAAAAGAAUCAGCCUUUCUUAGAAGUGAAAAUCUGGAGCUGAAAGAGAAAAUGAAAGAACUUGAAAGCACUUGCAAGCAAAUGGAAAAUGACAUUCAGUUAUAUCAAAGCCAAUUGGAAGCAAAAAAGAAGAUGCAAGUUGACCUGGACAAAGAAUUACAAUCUGCUUUUAAUGAAAUAACAAAACUUAACUCCCUUAUAGAUGGCAGAGUUCCAAAAGAUUUGCUCUGUAAUUUGGAAUUGGAAAGAAGGAUUACUGAUCUACAGAAAGAACUGAAUAGAGAAUCUAAAGAGAAUGAAGCUCUACGAAAAGAAGUUGAUUUACUCUCAGAGUUGAAAUCUUUACCCCCUGAAAUGGAAAUGCUGAGGAAAGAGGUAGGAGACAUGAAUAAGAAACAGAAUUUGGAAGCUAAAACAAACCAGGCAUUAAUUGGAGACCUUAAGGAUAGUGAUGUGACUGAGCAACAGAAAAUGAUCUGUUCUUUAAUACAGGAGAAAAAUGAACUCCAACAAAUGUUGGAAAGUAUUACAGCAGAAAAGGAACAACUAAAGACUGACCUAAAGGAAAAUAUUGAAAUGACCAUUAAAAACCAGGAAGAAUUAAGAAUUCUUGAAGAUGAACUUAAAAAGCAACAAGAGAUAGUUGCACAAGAAAAGAACCACGUCAUGAAGAAAGACAAAGAGCUUUCUAAGACCUGUGAGAGACUGGCAAAAGUUGAAGAAAAGCUAAAGGAAAAGGACUUAGAGAAACAAGAGGAACUAAGAAUCGCUCACAUGGAUCUGAAAGAGCACCAAGAAACUAUUGAUAAACUCCAAAGAACUGUUUCUGAAAAAAUUGAUGAAAUAUCAAAUAUGCAAAUGAACUUAGAAAAUGCAAAUGCUGCCAUAAAAGCACAGAUCCAAGAACUUCGGGAGAAAGAACAUCAACUUCUUAAAGUAAAAAAUGACCUGAAGGAAAAUGUGUAUGAAACAGAGCAACUGAAGAAACAACUGGAAGCUCAGAACUCAACUCUGGAGAGUUUAGAAUUAGAGAAGUUAAUGUUGACUCAGAAAAUAAAUGAGAGCCUUGAAAAACUGAAAUUUUUUACUGAGGAAAAUGAUGGCCUAAGAAUUGUGGAGGAAACUCUCAAAAUGGAACGAGACAAGCUGAGGGAAAGCCUUAGAGAAACAGAAGCAAAAGAUCUGAAAAAGCAAGAAGAACUAAGAAUUGCUCACAUGGAUCUGAAUGAGCACCAAGAAACUAUUAAUAAACUAGGAAUUAUUUCUGAAAAGACAGAUGAAAUGGAAAAUAUGAAAAUAGAUUUAGAAAAUUCAAAUGCCAGAUUAUAAGAAAAGAUUCAAAAGCUUAAGGGAAAUGAACAGAAACUUUUUAAAUUAAAAGAAGAUGUCAGUGAGAUACAGAAACAACUCAAGGAUCAAGGUUUAACUCUGGGUAAUUUGGCUCAGAAUCUUCAAGAUAACUUCGAAGAAAUGAAAUCUGUAAUGAAAGAGAGAGAUAAGAUAAGAAGAUCAGAGGAGAUGCUCAAGCUGGAGAGAGACCAACUCAAGGAAAACCUGCAGGAUACUAUUGCUAAAGAUCUGGAGACACAACAGGAACUAAAACUUAUUCAUAUGCAUUUGAAAGAACAACAACAAACUAUUGAGAAAUUCAGAGAGAAAGUUUCAGGAAAGACAACUCAAAUUAUAAAUAUUCAAAAAGAUUUAGAUAAAUCAAAAGAUGAAUUACAGAAAAAGAUCCAAGAACUUCAGGAAAAAGAGCUUCAACUUCUUAAAAUGAAUAAAGAUGUCAAUAAAAGUGAUAAAAAAAUGAAUGAAAUGGAACAUUUGAAGAGGCAAAUUGAGGCCCAAAAUGUAUCUGUGAAAACUGUGGAUAUGGAUAACUUGUGCUCUACUAAGAAACUUCAUGAAAAUCUUGAAGAAAUAAGAACUGUAGCUAAGGAAAGCAAUGAGCUAAGGAGGAAAAAGGAGUGUCUCAAAAUGGAAAAAGACCAGUUCAGAGAAAUCAUAAGAAAAAUGAUAGCUAGAGAUCAUCAGAAUCACAAAGAGGUCAUAAAAUAUGAAAGAAGUUCACUAUGUGAUGGAGAAGAGCACCAUACAGAAAACCUGAGAGAAAAGUGCUUCAGGAUAAAAGAGCUGCUGCAGAGAUACUCAGAGAUGGAUAAUCAUUAUGAGUACUUGAAUAAAUUGUCUUUUGACUUAGAGAAGGAAAUUGAAACCCAAAAAGAUCUUUCAAUUAGAGUAAAAGCAAACCUCUCACUUCCAUACCCACAAACAAAACAGAUUCAAAAACUUUUUGCUGCAAACCAGAGAUGUUCCAUGGAAUUCCAUAGAGUCAUAAAGAAACUAAAGUAUGUGUUAAGCUAUAUUACAAAGAUGAAAGAAGAACAACAUGAAUCCAUCAAUAAAUUUGAAAUAGCUUUUAUUGAUGAAGUGGAAAAGCAAAAUGAACUCCAAAUUAAAAUACAACACCUUCAACAGGAUUAUGACAUACCAUCCAAAGAAUUAAGGCACUCCAAACUGAACCAGAGUUUGGAUCUACAUAUUGAGGAAAUUCUCAAAGAUUUCUCAGAAAAUGACUUCCCCAGCAUAAAGACUGAAUUACAAGUAUUUAGUAACAGGAAAAAAAUGACUCAGGUUUUGGAAGAGUGGUUAAAUACUCCUUUUAAUAUAGAAGAACUUAAAAAUAGCAUCCAGAAAGAAAAUGAUAGCAUUUGUCAAGUGAAUUACUUCUACCAUAAUAAAAUAACUGGUAUAAUAAAUGAAUCAACAGAGUUCGAGGAAAGAAGUGUAACCCGAUCAAAAGAAUGGGAACGUGACCUGAAAUCAAUAAGAGAGAAAAAUAAAAAACUGUUUGAAGACUACCAAACUUUGACAGUCUCCCUAACAUCUGGUGCCCAGGCUAAUUCUAUUGUACAAGACAAUAAAAAUCCUCAUGUUACAUCAAGAGCCGUACAACCAACAGAGAGAAUUCAGGAACUGGAAAAUUCCUUGCGUGAAGCUAAAGAAAGUGCUGUACAUAAGGAAAGCAAGAUAAUAAAGAUGCAGAAAGAACUUGAAAUGACCAAUAACAUUAUAGCAAAACUUCAAGCCAAAAUUAAUGAAUCAAAUAAAUGUCUUGAAAAAACAAAAGAAAUGAUGCAAGCACUUCAGGACCAAGUCGCUUUAGGAGCCAAACCCUAUAAAGAAGAAAUUGAAGAUCUCAAAACAAAGCUGGUGAAAAUAGACUUAGAGAAGAUGAAAACUGCCAAGGAAUUUGAAAAGGAAAUUGAUUCUACAAAAGCCACUAUAGACUAUCAAAAAGAAGUGAUAAGAGUAUUAAGAGAAAAUCUGAGAAGAAGUCAACAGGCCCAAGAUGCUUCAAUGAUAUCAGAACAUACUGAUUCUCAGCCUUCAAAUAAGCCCAUAACCUGUGGUGGUGGCAGUGGCAUCAUACAAAGCACAAAAGCACUUAUUUUGAAAAGUGAAUACAUAAGGCUAGAAAAGGAAAUUUCUAAAUUAAAGCAGCAAAAUGAGCAACUAAUAAAGCAAAAGAAUGACCUGCUGAGCAAUAACCAGCAUCUUUCCAAUGAGGUCAAAACUUGGAAGGAAAGAACCCUUAAAAGAGAGGUUUGCAAAGAAGUAACUUGUGAGAAUUCUCCAAAAUCUCCCAAAGUGACUGGAACAGAUUCUAAAAAGAUACAAAAUAUACCAUCUCAAUACAAGGAACAAAAUGUACAAAAUCUUGUACCAAAGGAAUCGCCAAAAUCUUGGUUUUUUGAUAACCGAUCCAAGUCUUUACCAGCACCUCAUCCAGUUCGUUAUUUUGAUAACUCAAGUCUCGGCCUUUGCCCAGAGGAACAAACCAUAGGAGCAGAAUGUGUGGAUCCUAAGCCAGGACCUUGGUACACCUCAGGAAAAGAUGCACCCGAGUGCAAAACUCAAUAGGCUCCCCUCUGUCACUUUUCUAGAGGCCUUGCAUUCCAUGUUUGGAAAUGAUGCUGUUACUAUAUGUGUCUAUUCAUGGCAGUGAUGUCACAAUCCAACUUAACUUCAAUUUAUUUUUCACUUUGCCACUAGAAUUAGAAAAUAAAGGAACAACAAAUUAAUUUAUUCCAGUAAUUUAGAAUAAUGACAGCUAUACCUUCUUCUUGCA